AUGUUCUACUUUAUCUUUACCCAUGGAGUUGGGCCUCAAGACAGAGCAACCCCAAGAGGUAAGAACAGGUUCCUCAAGAAGUUCCGUAAUUAUUCCUACAGUAUUGUCAUCAAAAUAUCUCACUAAUCCUUUCUAGGUGGGGAGCAAAAGGAGAACGCAUAUCCUGGGAAUCCAUGGUACACCAGCUUCCACACAAGACCAGGUAUCAGCGGAGUUUAUCUCAAUAGAACUCACAAUACCUCCUUUAGCCAGUUCGUUCAUAGACGUGAGAACGGAGACUGGAAUUACGAUACGUGGAAAUUCAACACUUCUGCGUUUCCCUCACAUAAUACCUUCUUCGAAUUCCUGUCUGAGCAAAUCAAGAACAAUGUUCGGGGUCAAAAAGAAAACGAGGUCAAGAAGGUUUUGUACGAUACAAAGUUAAGAUUGAAGAAGCUGCACCCGACCGACUGUGAGGGUUACAACAUCCAAGACGAAGCCAAGAGAAUAAAGGCGUUGGAAAAAGGGAUCGCGGACCGGAACUUCCAAAAUGAACCGUCUUCCCAAAUGCGGUACCAGGAAUUCAGAAAGCUCGUUCAGGAGAAUGGUAUGUUCUCUCCCCAACCAGGAUGCGUAUGAAAGCUAACUCUGCUGACUAGGCGAUCAAGCUUGUCUUGAAGUUGAGCGUGGCUCCAUAUAUGCUCCCAUCCACAUCAAAGGGGCCUCAGAAAUGAUCCGUUAUAUGUUAAACAGUAUUCCGAAAGAGAAAUACUUGAAUUUUAGACUGGAAGACAAAAAAGCGAGUUUGCCUGAAACCCCUCUAGUAUGCUCAGAAAUUACCCACGAGCACAGUUGUCACCUCCUUGAUAGAGAUGGCAAAACCUUUCAUCUUCUCGCGCAGAACGCUGGAAAUUGGUUAAACUAUGGAAUCACAUUUGCUGAUGCAAAAGAGAACGACAAGCGAUCUCAGGCGUUUCUGAAGGAGUAUAUCAAGCUUGAACGCCUUUGGCCUGGCCCAGAAGAAGAGAGCAGGCAAAGUGUCAAAGACAAGCGCUUUCCAGCGGGCAGUUAUGUCGCGAAGGAACGAGAACGCUACAAGGGUACCACAUUUGGUCAUUGCAGUCGUCAUACAGGCCUCGUAAGUACUUCUCUUCUGCAUCUUCUGCUUACUUUUCCCAGUCAUAGAUAAAUAGUCGUGUCAUUAGCACCCAAUGCUCUCCGCUAUCAAUCUCCCAAGAAGUACCUAAACUGACUUUAUUGUAGUGGACUGAAAAGGGACAGGCGUUUGUGCCUAAUUCGCCUAGGGGCGAACCUUGGAAUCUCCAAGUGACGAAAACUACAGCCGGAAGAACGGGUGACGGAGAAGCUGUAAAUAAGCCGAGAAUGGAGGCUGUCCGCAGAUGGCGAAGGACGACAAUUUAUCACCAAGCCAUCAUUGGGUUUCUGUACAACGUCAUUGACCCAACAAAAUUUCAAGAAGACCAGGUCUUCGUACAAGGUCUUGCAGAGAGAAAGCUUCUAGCAGUGUAUCAUCCGAUGCAGUGCCAUAUUCUACAGGUGGUCCAAUGUAACCGUGCAUGUGGAUGGCACAGAGAUAACGGAGAUGUCAAAAACACGAUGGUCGGCACGACUACGUUUGGAACUUUUGGUGGAGGCCAUUACGUCUUGACAGAUUGUGGCCUGGAUAUCAGAGUCCCCGUCUUUCCGGGGGAUUACUCCAUAAUAAGAGCAACCAAGACUGGGCAUGCGGUCACUCCCAUUCUUUAUGGACAGCGAGUAAGCUUCAUUGACACAUCAAAGUCUUCCAUGACAACAGCCAUUCACAAUUUCAGAUACAUGGACGAUGAAGACGAGAAAAAAGCUGUUGUGCUGGGUCUACUUUCUCUUUUGCUCCACUGCCUUAUUUGAUCCACUUAUAGUUCUGCUGCCUAAAUGCUUCAUGUCUGCCUAAACCUUACACUCUUUAUAUAAACACCUUAGAUAGCUACCUUUUACAAUGCAAUCAAUUCUCCAUGACCUUCAGUACCCAAUACCCUUUCAACCCAAUAAAAGCAUAUAUAGAAAAGAUGAAACGUGCUGAGGAAGAGGAGAACCGGGAAUAUGCCGAGGAGAUUCGACGUGAACAACAGUUGGCAUCUCCCCUCCUGGAAAAGGAAGGAAAGACUCUAUCUAUGCUUCAGAAUGGAAAUGAAAAAGAUAGAGGGAACUUCUAUAAGCUCACGAUGCUUGAGCAUAGAAAAACAAAGGGCACUGCCAACAAAUUCAUAAAAGCAAAAGCACUGAAAGAGAAGGCAAUCAAGGAAGCCGAGGAAGCCCAGAAUCAGGAAAAACUGAAUGAAAUCAAGGCAACGCCCAUCGGUUUCUACUAUAACUAUCAGUCCAAGGAGCAAAAGAGAGUGGAUAAAGGCAAGUUCCCCUUCAUGGCCCGCUGA